GUAAGCUUCCGCCGGUCCGCGUCACUCGCGAUACAAAAAGCUAGUAGGACCAGGCACCCAUACCUUAUCGCAUUGCCUGAAGCAUCUCGUCCACCCAGACCUUAUCCACAUCGCUCAAAGGCAUCGCCGCUUCCCUUUCUGCCUCAUCUCUCUUCCCCACGGGGAAUCCGCCAUUAAUCCCCACAUAUCAAGCUUUUGUGUCUCCGUCUCUCCUCUCAUGCAGCAGUCUGCCAUGGAUUCCAAGGAGAGCGAGCUCGGUCUGCGGUAGUCCACCAUCGAGCACAUCAAGGGGAGUUCGCGGCCACGGCGUGCUACGUUCGAUGACGGUCAGAUGCUGGGACCGGCCAUGAGGAAGGCUACAACCACGGGUUGAAGGUGCUGGAACAACCGCUCACGGUGACCGGCGACGGAGAUGGUGGUAUUUUUUUGCUAGAAUGAGUGUGUUUGUUUCUGCAACCAGCCCCAAUUUUGCUACCAUCAUCUUCAGAUUUUGCUGGAACCAGCCCAAUUUUUUGCUACAAUGGCUUUGUUUUUGCUGGAAUUAUUACCUGUGUUGCUACUACUAUCUCAGUAGUGCUGGACUAGCCCCAAUUUUGCUACCACCGACUUCGAUUUGUGCUGGAACCAACAAUCUUUUUUGUUACCACUAUAUUUUUGUUUUGCCGGAACCGGCUCCAAUUCUGCUCUCACCGGCUUUGAUUUUUGUUGGAACUAGCAAUUUCUUUUGCUACAUCCAGCAUCAUUUUUUGCUGGAACUAGUCGACUGUCGGCUACGACGGUUGGCGCAACGGAGCUACAACCAAGGUGGAAAAAUGCUACAACCGGUGCAUAAAUUUGCUACAGGCGGCAUUUUUAAUUGCUGGAACUAGUCUAGCGUCGGCGCGACGGAGCUCUGUAGGCCGGCGAGCGCGGGCGGCCGGGGCGACGAGCACAGGUGCGCUGUUGGCCGGCAAGCACAUGAAGCCAAGGACGAGCACCGGCAGCGAUGAGCGCGGAGUCCGCCAUGGAUGGGAAUUGCUGGUCAACGCAGAGCCAGAUGCGAAAGGGGAGGCAAUGAUGUGGAAAAAUUAACGGUUGGUUGUGGCCUAAUCCUACGACUGGGGGCGGACCGGCCGAAAUUUCGGCCGGUGCGCCGACGCUUAGCAGUUGUCAAAAGAGAAACCAUAAGAAAAUAUUUGUCUUCUCUUAAUUAAGAGAUGAUCUUUUAACAAUAAUAUCUCAUCACAGAAAUUUAAAGUUAUCAGAGAUAAGACUAAGAAUAACAUGUGUACAUAAUUUUAUAUUAUCUUUUACGCCAAAUUACGUGACGAGUUUAAGAUAACACUGUCAACCACUAUAGAUACCUUCUCGAAAACACACACACUAUAGAUGCCUUUAGAAUGGCAAUUAAUAACACCCAUGGCAUGUGCUACUAUGAGCCAGUUUUUUUGGCAAUUCUCCUAGAAUUGACCCCCUCUUCAGUUUCUCCCAGAAUUGUCAUUCCAUUUUUUUUAUAAUUUCUAUCUAAUUAGACAUUAACUAGUUAAGAAUUAUAAAAAACGAUAAAGUGACAAUUCUGAGAGAAGCUGGGGAGGGAUCAAUUCUGGGAGAAUUGCCCAAAAAAACUGACCCUAUAUCAAAUUGUGGAAGCGCCCAGGGGCUUUCUUGUCAUUUACCCAAUAGCACCCAAAUCAAAUGCCAUGAGCGCCAGCGCCACCACCUUGCGCGACGCCGCGGCCAUCCUCGGCGCCCUCUCCGCCGCCUCCGCCGCCCAGCUCCACGCGCACGCCCUAAAGCUCGGGUUUCUCCCCUCCUGUCUCCACCUCUGCUCGUCCUUCCUCAAGUCUUACGCAGCCUCCGGCCGCCUGGCCUCCGCGCGCCAGCUGUUCGACGAAACCCCCCGCCGGGACAUCCCUCUAUGGAACACCCUCGUCUCCGCCUGCGCGCGCUCCCGUCAACCCCACCACGCCCUGCUCGCUGCGUCCGCCAUGGUGGGCGAGGGCUCCCGGCCCAACAACCUCUCCGUCACGAGCCUCCUGUCUGCGUGCGCGCAGCUGAGGAGUCUGGUGCACGGGAGAGAGCUCCACGGAUAUGCCGUCAGGAAUAUCCCUGUUCUUGAUUUGCGCGUUCUCAAUGCGCUGGUAAGCAUGUACGGGAGAUGCGGGCGGUUCGCUGAAGCGAGCACGGUGUUCGCCGGUAUGGGGAAUAAGAGCGUGGUUUCUUGGACCUGCAUGAUCAAUGCCUGCUGCGAGAACAGACGCCCAGCAGAGGCGCUGGAGGUGUUCAACGAGAUGAGGCUUGCCGUUGUCAAGGUCGAUGAGGUCACCCUGCUUGCAGUCAUCUCGGCGUGCACAAAAUUGGAUUGUACGUCGGAGUUGGGCGAGUGGGUGGAGGAAUAUGCAUGCGAGAAUGGCUUCUUGGAGAACACCCGUGUCGCUAAUUCGCUCAUCCAUAUGCAUGGUAAGAUGGGGAGGGUGAAGAAGUCAUGUCAGAUAUUUGACUCGAUGAGUGUGAGGACUGUGGUCUCAUGGACAGCCAUGAUACAGGCACUUGCUGUGCAUGGGCAUGGGGUGGCUGCCCUUGUUCGGUUUUCGCAGAUGCUUAGACAAGGGUUCUGGCCUGACGAGGUUAUCUUCUUAAGCGUGAUCAAUGCUUGUUGCCACUCCAGGCUAGUGAGUGAAGGGCGCCAGUUGUUCAAGUCCAUGGUCGUAGACUAUCACAUCACACCAUGGAUGGAGCACUAUGGAAGCAUGGUGGACCUGUUGUGCAGAUCUGGCAUGUUGGACGAGGCGUUUGAGUUUGUCUUGGCCAUGCCUGUGAAGCCUGAUCCUGUAAUAUGGCGUGUAUUGACCGGAGCAUGCCGUGAUCAUGGAGAUAUGAAUUUAGCGAGGAAGGUGAUGGAUCAUGUGAUCGACAUGGAGCCUGGCCAUGAGGGGAAUUAUGUGCUUGCGUCAAACUUAUAUGCUGCUAAUGAGAACUGGGGACGUGUUGUGGAUGUAAGGGUGGAGAUGGGUGUGAGGAAAGAGACGUUAAGAUGCAGUACUGCCCUGUCUUACAUUGAAGUCAAUGGUGAAGAAAAUGCAGAAAGCUUCUCUACUGCACAGCACCAGUAACUUUUCCAACUCCACUACUAUGAGAUUUGCUUGAGGUAUAAUUAUGAAUGUUAUUUGCUAUUA